AUGGCAGUACCCCUCCAAGCUGUCGCCAUCCCCAAAGAGAUCACUGCAACAACAGUGAUCCUUCCCCACAAACCCACCGCCGCCAUCGCCUGCUCCUACGUCUCUGGCACCGAUCCUGCGGUCCUUGUUGUCUUUCUAAACGGCCUCAUGACCGACAAAUCCUCCUGGACCCCCGUCAUAUCUGGCAUCAUCCACCAGCGCAAAAGUCUCGCGUCCCCAGAAUUCCCGUCAAUGCUAGCCUACGACCGCUACGGCGUCGGAAUGACGGAAGAUCGCGAUCCCUUAGAUCAAGGCAGGGAGCAGGGUCAUGGUCAUGAUUGUAAGGAUGCCGCUGAGGACCUGCAUUAUCUGAUUCAGCAUUUCAGUCAAGGCCUGAAGUUGUUGAGUGGGGAGAAGUUGCGUGUCGUGCUCGUGGCUAACUCGAUUGGCUGCGCGAUCGCGAGAUUGUAUGCUGAGAGGUAUCUGGUGGCUGCGGUGUUGUUUCUGGAUUCUAUUAUGGCGAAUUCUGAUUUCGAUUUCUGGCCUGAUCCUGAUGCGCCGGGGUUCGAUAAGCGAGAGCUGCCAGAUGAUGUGACUGUCGAGGUUUUGAGGGAGCAGAGGGCGAAGUUCGCAGCUAUUUUCAGGCCGGAUGUGGUGAAUAGAGAAGGUCUCAGCAGGCGCAGUCUAGCUAGGUUGCUACCUCACAGUGACGGGCCCAUGCUAGGAAAUCAAAGCGGGAAACCUUGGGUGACGGUCGUCGGGCAUGAUUUCGAAGCCUUUGCGAAUGAGAGCUUGAGGACCAUGGGUACGCCAAUUGGGUUGUCGAUGAGGUAUAUGAAUCCAAUGUGGCAUAAGUACAAUCAGGGCCUUGUGCACGUCACAGAUCGUGAGAAGAGCAAGGGUCCGAUCGUUGCGAAGGGCUGCGGCCAUUUCAUCCAGAGGGAUGACCCGGACUUUGUCAUCAGGGAAACGUUGGAUCUGGUUGACAAGGUUAGGAUGCAGCAGUCGGUGGUGUGGUGA